AUGUUAUUCUCCUUCUUGAGACUCUGUUUUGUCCUGCUUACGGCAUGGACAACUUGGGUUGCGGCCGAUUUUGCGCUGUACAAAAACUAUGAUUCAGACGCCUUGAUUGCUGGGCUCUCUCUGAGUAGUACGUGUCUUGCAGCACUGAACACCACCGUUCCUUGCAAUGAAACCGCUAUUGGCCUAGUAGGGCACGGGGCAGACAUCCACUUCUGGACGACUGCUGAGGUAGAGAACCUCUGCACCACAGACUGUGUCUCGUCCCUGAGUUCCUGGAAGGAUAAUGUUGCAACAGUCUGUGCAGAAGAGACCACAAUCCAGGGCAAUGUCGUGGUCAAGGCGAGAGCGCUGCCACUGAUAUUUACCUACCAUUCUGAUCUUGUAUGCAUGAAGGACAGUCCAUCAAAUUGGUGUUUCUUGGACUCUCAGACAUGGCAAGGAAGUGACUAUAUUCGUUGGGAUCCAACAAUGUGCUUCACCGAUGGUGAUGACAACAGCACAGUUGCGCCCAAUGAAUUGUUCUGCAAUGAGUGUUUCUUGAAUCUGUAUCGGCAACGUCUCCUGGAUCCUUGGCUACCAAUUAGCAAUUUCACGGAUUAUUUAAUCGAUCAAUGCGCCCUGAGCCCUAAAAUGGCGUCGGAUUUGAUCUUAGGGUGA